AUGAAUAAAAGCUUUAAAAGUUACCCUUCCUUUGCUGCCUUUUAGAUUGAGCAAUCAAAAUCAAAUAGGUAAUAUUGAUAAGUAUAACAGUUUGAAAAAAGAUUACUCUAUGUUUAUCAUAACUCAGUUUAUGAUUUGACGGAUUUCAUAGAUAAACAUCCUGGAGGAAGAGGUCCUUUAAAUACAUAUAAAGGUAGAGAUUUAGAAAAUGUAUAACUUUAUGAUUAGAUUAUAGAUCUUUUUCAAUCCAGCCAUACAUAAACAUAGUUAAUCAGCAUUAUAAACAUUAGAACGGUAUAAAUGUGGAAUAAUAGAGAACAAACCAAUUUAAUAAUAAUGCUAAUAAUAAUAAUCUAUGUUAGGCUCAAAAUCAACAAAUCUUUCGCAAUCUAUCGUGACAAAUAAAUCUCAAAAAAAUACUCCUUAAAAAAUUGAUUGUGAGAAAAAACUUCAAUAAAAAUCAUAAUCUGUUAAACCUAAAGCUCAAUAAUAAGAAGAUAGAUUAAAUCAAUCUAUGAGUAAAUUAAAUCAAUCUAUGACAAGCAGUGUUAAAUCUUAAUUUUUACUCAUACCAACAUAAUAAGAAAUACUAAUGAUACAAAAAUAAAAAUAGUAGAAACUAAUAAAAUAAUGGAAAUAAUCUGAAAUUGAAGAAUUAAAAAGACAAUAAGCUGAAGUUGAAAAAUUAAGACGAGAAAAAAAUGAUGAUCGAAAAACUUAAAGUGAAAUUUUAGUUUCUAAUCCUAAAAAGUCAACAAACCCUUAUUAUUCAGCAUGGCUUGAAAAAUAAUAAAAAUAGGAAUAAUAAAAGAAGACAGAAUCCAAAAAUUUUAAUAUCCUACCUGCCUAUCUAACAUAAACAAAUGAUCAAUAAUUAAAUAAUUAAGGAGAUACAAAAUUUUAAUCAUUUUCUUUUGAUGUUGAAAAAAAGAGACAAUAUGACUCAAAGUUAUCCUAAUCAGUCAUUGUAGAAAAAACUUAGAAAAAAGUUAAUCCUUAUUAUGAAGAAUGGAAGAGAAGAUAAAGCUUAAAAAGUUAAGAAUCUCAAAAAGAAUUAGUUGAAUAAGAUCACAAUCAAUUAUAAAAAUAGCAAUCAAUUAUAUUAGAAGAGAAUGAAUCUUAGAUUUCUGGAUAACCAUCUUCUAUAAAUAAUAGUUUCUAAAGAUCCUAUUCAAUGAGUUAAAGAACAAUAGUAUAAGAAAAUCCUUAAUUGAGUGUACCUGUUUUUGCUCCAAAGUUUAUCUCUCCUAUCAAAGCCAAAUUCGUAAUUAGCUCUAGCAUGAAAAAGCUAUGAAGU